AGCAGCGGAAAUGGCGGGGAAAUCUAACAAAGCGAGAAACAGAAAAGGGUCUGCGAACUCUGCGAGUUCUUUGGAAGCAGCGGUUCCAUCUGAUGCUCCAUUGAAAGAUAACUCAAGCACUUUAGACUCUUCCAAGGCUGAUGCCAAUGGAGUUUCUUCAAAGGAAGAGUCAGUGGAUACGAAGUUGGAUGCAACAAAUGCCACAUCAACAGCUAACCCUUCAAAACAGGGAGAAGGUGACCUUCAUCUCUAUCCCGUUUCAGUCAAAACACAAUCUGGUGAAAAGCUUGAGCUUCAGUUAAAUCCAGGUGAUUCUGUAAUGGAUUUGAGGCAGUUCCUUCUUGAUGCACCAGAGACUUGUUUCUUUACUUGCUAUGAUUUGAUGCUGCACACAAAGGAUGGCUCAGUUCAUCAUCUAGAAGAUUACAAUGAAAUUUCUGAAGUUGCUGACAUUACUAUGGGAGGCUGCUCCUUGGAGAUGGUUGCUGGGUUGUAUGAUGAUAGAUCUAUACGGGCUCAUGUGCACCGUGCCAGAGAAUUGCUUUCUCUCUCUACACUUCAUUCCUCACUAUCAACAUCUCUUGCAUUACAGCAUGAGACAACGCAAAACACAACUGCAGAUUCGGCAAAAAUCGUAGUCCCAGAGCUUGAUGGCUUGGGUUUCAUGGAGGAUGUUACUGGUUCGCUUGGUAAUUUGCUAUCAUCCUCCUCGAAGGAGAUCAAAUGUGUGGAGAGUAUUGUGUUUUCUUCUUUCAAUCCUCCCCCAAGUUAUAGGAGGCUUCUUGGAGAUCUAAUCUACCUGGAUGUGGUAACUUUGGAGGGACAGAAAGUUUGUAUCACAGGAACGACAAGGACAUUUUAUGUGAACUCAAGCACAGGAAAUACCCUGGAUCCAAGACCAGCUAAAACUUCAUCUGAAGCAACCACCCUUAUUGGCCUCCUGCAAAAGAUUAGUUCUAAAUUUAAAAAAGCUUUUCGUGAACUUUUGGAGCGGAAAGCUUCUGCACACCCUUUUGAAAAUGUUCAGUCUCUGUUGCCUCCAAAUUCAUGGCUAGAAGAGUAUCCAGUUCCUGAUCAUAAACGUGAUGCAGCCAGAGCGGAGGAUGCUCUGAAUCUAACUUUUGGCAGUGAGCUAAUAGGCAUGCAGAGAGACUGGAAUGAGGAAUUGCAGUCUUGUCGGGAAUUUCCUCAUUCAACUCCUCAGGAAAGAAUUUUGCGUGAUAGGGCGCUUUAUAAGGUGACUUCAGACUUUGUAGAUGCAGCAAUUAGCGGUGCAAUUGGAGUCAUUAACAGAUGCAUACCACCAAUUAAUCCAACUGAUCCAGAGUGUUUUCACAUGUAUGUGCACAACAAUAUAUUCUUCAGUUUUGCUGUAGACGCGGACGUUGGGCAAUUGUCAAAAAAUCAUUCAUCAAAUGUUAAAGUUAGCAUUGACAGCACGGGCUCUUCACUGGAUUCUCCUGAAAAGGCUUCCAGUGAUGUGUCCCUUGGUGUUGGUGGUAUUUCUAAUUCAGACAGAUCAGAUGGCUCAAAUUCAGAGGUGCAUGAUGUCAUAGAUGUUUCUCCUGAUGUAUCUGCCGACACUCAGCUGGCUGACAGUGAGCAAGCAACCUAUGCUUCUGCAAAUAAUGAUCUGAGAGGCACCAAGGCAUACCAAGAAGCUAAUGUUCCUGGACUGUACAAUCUUGCUAUGGCCAUAAUUGAUUACAGGGGUCAUAGAGUAGUAGCACAGAGUAUUAUACCUGGCAUCCUGCAGGGAGAUAAGUCGGAUUCCCUUCUAUAUGGUUCUGUUGACAAUGGAAAGAAAAUUUGCUGGAAUGAAGCAUUUCAUUCCAAGGUACUAGAAGCUGCUAAACGCCUUCAUUUAAAGGAACAUUCGGUUCUUGAUGGAUCUGGAAAUGUUGUCAAACUAGCUGCUCCUGUGGAGUGCAAGGGAAUUGUUGGUAGUGAUGACAGGCAUUACCUUUUGGACCUGAUGAGAGUAACGCCUCGGGAUGCAAAUUACACUGGGCCUGGAUCUCGAUUUUGUGUGUUGAGACCCGAACUUGUUGCUGCCUUUUGCCAGGCUGAAGCUGCAGAGAAGUCGAAAGGUAGAUCUACAACUGAUGGUGAGUCCCCUGCAACCACUGAUUCUCCAGCUGUGAAUGGUGGUGUUGAGGUGAGCAAUAAGGCAGAUGCAGCAGCUUCAGACUUUCAGGUUCAGAUCCCUGCAGACAGUGAUUCUCCUGCUAUUAAUGGUGGUUUGGAGGUAAGCACAGACGCAGAUGCAGCAGCUUCAAACCCUCAGAGUACAAAAGGUGAAGAGAAUAUUAAGGAUGCCAAAGAAAGCAAUUCUUCACCUGCUGAGAGUGGUGCAUUAUGUGAAGAAGUACUUUUAAAUCCUAAUGUUUUCACUGAGUUUAAGUUGGCUGGAAGUCAAGAGGAGACAGCUGCAGAUGAAGAGAAUGUGAGGAAGGUUGGUUUGUAUCUUACAGAUGUUGUGCUACCUAAGUUUGUGCAAGAUCUUUGCACGCUUGAGGUUUCACCCAUGGAUGGCCAGACUUUGACAGAAGCACUCCAUGCUCAUGGAAUUAAUGUCCGGUAUAUUGGAAAGGUGUCUAAUAUGACCAAACAUUUACCACAUAUAUGGGAUCUCUGUGUUGGUGAGAUCAUUGUUAGGUCUGCAAAACAUAUUGUCAAGGAUAUUUUGCGGGAAUCUCAAGAUCAAGAUCUUGGAUCGGCAAUCUCACAUUUCUUAAAUUGUUUCUUUGGAAACUGUCAAUCUGGGGGGACAAAAGGUAGUGCUAACAGUAUGCAAUCCAGAACUCAAAAGAAGGACCAAGCAAGCCAGCAAGCUUCGAGCAAGUCUUCUAAAGGGCAUGCAAGGUUGAAAAGUGCAGCAUAUGCGAGGAAAAAUCAAUCACCAUAUUUGCAUAUUAACUCAGAUGGUCUAUGGACUGAUAUUGUGGAUUUUGCAAAAUUUAAAUAUCAGUUUGAAUUGCCAGAGGAUGCAAGAUUGCGCGUGAAAAAAGUCUCAGUUUUUCGCAAUCUGUGCCAAAAGGUAGGCAUAACAAUUGCAGCUCGCAAAUAUGAUCUUGAUUCAGCAACACCCUUUCAAGUAUCAGAUAUCUUGAAUCUCCAACCUGUAGUAAAGCAUUCAGUUCCAGUAUGUUCAGAAGCCAGGGAUCUUGUGGAAACAGGAAAGAUCCGAUUGGCUGAGGGACUGCUUACCGAAGCUUUCGCAUUAUUUUCUGAAGCUUUUUCUAUACUUCAGCAAGUUACUGGUCCCAUGCAUCGAGAGGUGGCUAACUGCUGUCGGUACCUUGCAAUGGUUCUUUAUCAUGCUGGAGACAUGGCAGGAGCAAUCAUGCAGCAGCAUAAAGAGCUUAUCAUUAAUGAGCGUUGCCUUGGUUUGGAUCACCCUGAUACAGCUCACAGCUAUGGCAACAUGGCUCUUUUCUACCAUGGCCUCAACCAAACGGAGCUUGCUCUGAGGCACAUGUCCCGAACAUUGCUCUUGCUAAGUUUAUCCUGUGGCCCAGACCAUCCCGAUGUUGCUGCUACCUUCAUAAAUGUUGCAAUGAUGUACCAGGACAUUGGAAAGAUGAAUAUAGCUCUUCGUUAUUUGCAAGAAGCUUUAAAAAAGAAUGAGCGGCUUCUAGGCGAGGAACACAUUCAAACUGCUGUAUGCUACCAUGCUCUUGCCAUUGCAUUCAACUGUAUGGGUGCCUACAAACUCUCACUCCAGCAUGAAAAAAAGACAUACGAUAUACUUGUUAAGCAACUAGGGGAGGAAGAUUCAAGGACACGUGACUCACAGAACUGGAUAAAAACCUUUAAAAUGCGUGAACUUCAGGUUAAUGCGCAGAAACAGAAAGGGCAAGCAGUGAAUGCUGCCUCUGCUCAGAAGGCUCUUGAUAUCUUAAAGGCCCAUCCUGACCUCAUACAGGCAUUCCAGUCUGCUACCACUGCAGGGUCUGGAAAUGCUGGUGCAUCAGUCAAUAAAUCCCUUAGUGCAGCAAUUAUUGGUGAGAACCUUCCUCGAGGAAGGGGAGUUGAUGAGCGGGCUGCCCGCGCAGCUGCAGAGGUGAGGAAGAAAGCUGCAGCUAGGGGUCUCCUUGUGCGUCCACAUGGUGUCCCUGUACAAGCUUUACCACCACUUACACAACUCCUCAACAUAAUCAAUUCAGGGAUGACCCCUGAAGUUCCAAACAGUGGACAAUCAGAAGAGCCAAAGCCAGAGGUUGAUAGCCCCAAGGAAAAUGGCGAGGGAGAUGCUGUAGGAAAUGGCUCCAUUGCAGUCCAACAAGAUGGGGCUCCAAUUGGAUUAGGCACGGGGUUAGCUACAUUGGAUUCCAAGAAGCAGAAGACCAAACCAAAAGAUACAAAUUGAAAUCUGUGGAGUCUAUUGCACAAGCAUCCUGGUUCAAGUUUUGGUUCGUUAGGUGAGUUUGGUAUUUAUUCUGCCAUUUUUUUCCAUCCAGCUACCAUUCUUCGUCAAAUAGAGCAGUAAUCAACUAUAUUUUUUCGACUUUCGGUGAUCCUUAACUGUUGCAUUAUGUAUGGGAAGGUGUCCAUGUCCAUCUUGUAUUUCAUUUUCUUUAUGAUCUUUACCCUCAAGUUCAAAUGCUUUGGGUCCAAAAGGGAUCCAGUAAAUUUCCUGUGCAAGAAGGUAAAUUGUUGCUUGCAUAGGUGGAAGUUUAUUAAUAAUAAUCUCCAUCCAGCUAGUAUACCUAGUCAUAGUUGUAUGCUUUACCGCCAGUCAUUGUUUGACUAUAAUUCUCAAUCUUUAAUAGAAUUUGAUUUCA